UCGAGAGCCAGGCCGUCAACGCCGAUGCCUUCGCCGAGUUCCGCGUGCUGGGCAAGGGCGGCUUCGGCGAGGUGUGCGCCUGCCAGCGCCGCGCCACCGGCAAGAUGUACGCCAACAAACGCCUCAACAAGAAACGCCUCAAGAAGCGCAAGGGAUACGAGGCGGCGCUGGUGGAGAAGCGGAUCCUGGCGCGUGUCCACAGCCGCUUCAUCGUGUCCCUGGCCUGCGCCUUCCAGACCAAGACCGACCUCUGCCUCGUCAUGACCAUCAUGAAUGGCGGCGACCUGCGGUACCACAUCUACAACGUGGACGAGGAGAACCCGGGCUUCGCGGAGCCGCGCGCGGUUUUCUACACGGCGCAGAUCCUGCUGGGGCUGGAGCACCUGCACCAGCACCGCAUCGUCUACCGCGACCUCAAACCCGAGAACGUCCUGCUGGACGACGCCGGCCACGUCCGUCUGUCCGACAUGGGCUUGGCCGUGGAGCUCAAGGAUGGAGAGAGCAAAACUCGUGGCUACGCCGGGACCCCAGGGUUCAUGGCCCCCGAGCUGCUCAAGAACGAGGACUACGAUUGGUCGGUCGAUUACUUCACGCUGGGGGUGACCAUCUACGAGAUGCUGGAGGCGAAGGGACCCUUCCGCCGGCGGGGGGAGAAGGUGGAGAACAAGGAGGUGACGCGGCGCAUCCUGCACGACCCCGUGUCCUACUCGGACAAGUUCAGCGCGGCCGCGCGCGAGGCCUGCGAGGGGCUCCUGGCCAAGGACCCCCAGGCCCGCCUGGGCUUCCGCGACAACGGCUGCGCCCAGCUCAAGGCCCACGCCUUCUUCAGGACCAUCAACUGGGGGCGCCUCGAGGCCGGUCUGGUGCCGCCGCCGUUCGUGCCGGACCCGCGCCGGGUGUACGCCAAGGACCUGGGGGACGUGGGGGCGUUCUCGACGGUGAAGGGCGUGGAGCUGGACGCGGGGGACGCGGCGCUGUGCGACGCCUUCGCCUCGGGCACGGUGCCCAUCCCCUGGCAGGAGGAGCUCAUCGAGACCGGCGUCUUCGAGGAGCUCAACGUGUGGGGGGCGCCAGGGACGCUGCCCCCCGACCUGGACCCCAGCGCCGCGGGGGGCGCCGCGGGCAAGUCCUCGACGUGCCGGCUGCUCUGA